UAUGACCUAGCUGAACCUUACUCUGCAUGAAACGUCAAAUCUAUCGCAAAAUUUCUAGUGUUUCACUUCUUUAUUACAUCAUCAAUAUUGUGCUAAAGAACAUAAGGAAAGGAAGUGUACAAAUAUUCUAGUACAAUGAAGUGGUUUGAGGGAAGUAUUAACGAGGCGGUUGCGACGUCUAAAUCGAGAAAGGCAGUUUUUGUCGUAUUCAUUGAAGGAAAAGAUGAUACAUCAGUGCAAUUUGCUCAGACAAUCGAUGCUACAGAAGUCUCUUCUCGCCUGGAGCAAGAACAUUUUGUAGCUAUAAGAUUAGAGAGUGGCUCCGAGUCUUACAGAUUCUUUGCCCAGAUCUAUCAAUUGGUACCAGUACCAUCAUUAUUUUUUAUUGGAGAAAAUGGUACACCAUUGGAAAUUGUUGCUGGCAGUACAACUGCAGCUGAGUUAGCGUCCAAAAUUGAUAAUGUGCUGAUAAAAGCAGGGAAGAGUAACAAACAAUCUUCAUCAAACUUGAUUGAUGCAGAACAGAAAUCUGCAGCUACUAGUAGUAGCAGUAAUAAUAAUACUGCUGAUACUACUACAUCUAAUAUAAAUGAUAAUAACUCCAAUCCAAAUGCAAAUUUAAUUUCUGGUAUAACAGAGUCUGUUACACCAGUAAAUGUCUCACAUAAUGAAAAUAAUAUCACGGAAGAUACAGCAAAGGCUGUAACAGAGACUCAAGACAAUAAUGAAGCAUCAGCGAAAACAAGUGCUGAAACUAACCAAGAUAAUCAAAAUAAAACAUUGACGCCUGAUGAAAAGGUUGAAAGAGCGCGACAGUUAAUCGAACUCCAACGAAAACAACGACUAGAGGAGGAGCAGAAAAAGGAACGGGAACGCGAGAUUGAACGUCGCAAGAUGGGGCGCGAUGUGCAAAAAAUGCGGCAGAUGCAGCAAGAGCUAGAGAUAAAACAGGCUCAUGAGGAAAGAAUGCGAGAAAAGGCUGCAGAAGCUGCAGCCCGCGAAAAAGUUAGACAACAAAUCGCUCAAGAUAAACUAGAACGAAAACAGAAGGAGCUCGCUCUGCAGCAACAAAUGCAGCAAUCGCAGAUUCAAGAGCAACCCAAGUAUAAUUCGGCAUCGAAUAAUGCGACUACGACCAGAAUUCAAUUUAGAUUACCAUCCGGCAAUUCCCAUACAGGACAAUUUGAACCAUCCAACACUUUGCGCACUUUACGCACCUACGUGACCGAAAACAUUGAAUUACCUUUUCGACAAUUCGCCAUGUCAACAUCGUUUCCCAGAAGAGAAUUGACUAAUGAGGAAAACGACAAAACCCUUCUGGAACUUGAAUUGGUUCCAACCGCCGUUAUUUUAAUUCUUCCUUUGAAAAAUGUAAAUUCUAAUGUGACAACAGUGGUAACUUCGACACAAGACGUUGGAUUCUUUUCUCGCUUCAUAUGGUCUUUUUUCACGCCCGUUAUUCGUAUUUACAAUUAUAUAGUAGGUUACUUUUCCGGCACUAACGGAGACACGAAUCAACAACGUGGCAACUCCAAUAGUGAUCCCGUAGAACCUACAAAUAACCCCGACAGAGCUAGUUCACCGAAUCGACGAAAUGUAGUUCAAUCUUCGGGUUUGUUUAGAAGAUACUUGGGUAAUCAAGGAGGGACAACAAUCAGAGCACAAGGGAAUAUACACAGACUACAUUCAGGUGGGGAUGAUAAUGAUGAGAAUAAUACUUGGAACGGUAACUCUACACAGCAAAUGUAAAAUAAAUGCAAAUCUCGCUCCAUUCACAUUGCAAGGAGUCUCUAUUCAAUCAAUUACUAUCCCCAUUAUGUAAAUUAUUAUGGUAUAAUUAAUACAUGACACUUUACUAUUUGUUGUACAAUGCUAAAACCUAUUUGCAACAUACUCCUUAUUAAUGCACAAGCAUUUUUAAUGAGCGAGUUGUCAUAAUGUUCACAUGUUCGUCAGUAGCAUUAUGAGAAUGAGUGUUUGUUAAUGGAUGUUUCACAAUUUAGCAAUAAUGCAUUAUCUGGAUCGUUAUUAUAAUAUAACGUUUAUUAUAAUGCUAUGAAAUAUGUAACAAAUGCAUUAUAAUAAAUGCUUUAUUCCGAGAAAAAGAUCGUGGAAGUAACGUGCCACAAGUGAUAUAUGGACCAAAAGAUGAAAAGGUUCGUAAAAGAUGAAAGGUUCGUAAAAACUGAUAUGCAAACUGCAAAAGUUUCGCGAAUAUCUUGAUUUUAGAUACUUGAAAUUAUAAUACAUCUAUAUAGGUUUAUAAGUUUGACGAUAAUGUAAAUUUCUUUCCUUUUUUAACAGAUUUGUUUAAUUUUGGAUAACAAUAGAUUACCGUUUAACGCAAUGAAAGGUGACGCUAAGUGGUUAUAUUAAAAUUAUAUAAUAUACUUUAUUAAAAAUAUAUUAAGAAUAUUUAUUAUGUUUUUCAUUAUAUUUAGUGAUAUAAUGAGAAUGUAAUUAUGAAUUAAGAUAUAAUUACACAGUCAAAAUAUGUAACUAAAUAUCGGAAUUCGUAUAUGUAAAUAUCUUUAGGCAAAAUUAAUGAUGUAAUUAGGGUUGAUUAUUUUCUGGAGUUAGCAAGUGAACACAGAAUAUCAAUGCUGCAGGCCUGUCUUAAUGCCUAAAUAAAUACACAGGUUCAUGAUA